AUGAAGCAGGAUGGGACCACAACAUGCAUAGCUAUACGAAAUGGCCGGGUUAUAUUUGUAAUGAAAUCGUCCACCUCUCACGACCCAGAAAAUGCGCAGCAACUGCUCGUGCAUGGCGAUGCCGUGAAAGAUGUGGCAUUUCGUGUGGAUUCUAUAGACGCCCUACAGAAGCGGCUUGUCGAGAACGGUGUGGAUAUUCUGCUCCCGAAAACCACCUACCGAGACGAAAACGGCUCAGUAAACGUCCUCAAGUUGCAGGCAAAGGUGAGUGACGAUAAUUCUUAUUUUGUAUAUUUUAUAAUUACAUACCUUCUUGUUGUAUACGUUGAGUGUAAGCUGAUCAUACCCUUUAGGGUUGUGGGCACCCACUGCACGUGCCGCUAA